UAAUACACUUUUGCCGAUAAAUCAACUUGAGCCCAGAACAUACUGUCUCACGAUGCGUUUGCUAAAUGUGGGGAACCGUGUCGUCGCUAUGCGUUUGCGCUUGGGUGAGAAAUUCACGCUGCCGGACCGCUUUAAGGGCACCACGGUGGAGAAGUGGGCCAACUACUGGAAAGGACUGAUGAGUGAUUACGCUGAAGUAGCCACAAGCGUCGUCAAGGAGUCGUACGCGAGGCCGAAACGAACCCUUAUUUAUGGCACGGCCAUCGUAGCACUAUACCAGAUGGCCAAGAAUAACCCAGAUCAGUAUGCCUUCUCCUCGCUAUUGCGAACACAAACAAACCGCAUGAUAACGCUGCCGCCGGAACAGCAAAAUUCCGAAUCAAGCGAUUAUCUCGUUAUGCUGGAGCGUGCCAUCAAUCAGAAUAAGCUACGCCUCCUCAACCUAGGCAUCUGCACGCUUCUGUGGGUGGACAUGUUCGAUGAGGAUGAUUGCACCUAUCCGGCCAUUUGUGAAUACACCACAGUGAACUAUUUAAGUUUUCAUGAGCGCAUCAUAGACGUUGGCUUCUGGAACCAGUACUGGCGUCUCAAGUGGAAAAUGCACAAUUACGAUGUCAACUAUCUGUGAUGCUCCGAACCAAAUGCCGUGAUUCUCAAUUUUUUUGUUAAAUGUGCUUAGUCAUGUUUAAUAUCAUACAAUGUACAUCCAUUUAAAAGAAAACGAAAUAGUACAAUUUAGCAUUUGUAAGCAGA